AUGGCUGCCGAGAGUCUGGUAGAGCUCCGUGAUUGGCUCUUCCUGCUCCUCCUGUGCCUGACUCUACUGGCCGAGAUGCUGGAGUUGGCGGCGGCAGCAGUUGCCAUGGAGGAGGGCGAGGAAGACUUCCUGUGCCCGUUGGUGUGCCGAUGUGACGAAGGCUUCGUCUACUGUAACGACCGGAGCCUGAGCAUGAUCCCUCCUCUACCGUUAACGGCUACCGUUCUCUACCUACAGAGCAACCGGUUGGCCAACUCCGGCCUGCCGCCAUCGUUAGAGCGCAGCAGUAGCAUCCGUGUGGUCUACCUUUACGCCAACCAACUAGACGAGUUUCCUUUACACCUGCCGCCGUCGCUACGGGAACUACACCUGCAGGACAACAACAUUCGGACGUUGCCGCGCAUGACGUUGGCCAGGUUACCAUUACUAGAGAAGCUACACCUGGACGACAACUCCAUCUCCACGGUGAGCAUCCAGGAGCGGGCCUUCUCCGGCACGCCGCGGCUGAGGUUACUCUUCCUCUCCCGGAACCACCUGUCCAGCAUCCCAGCCGGCCUCCCGGCUUCUUUAGAGGAGCUGAGAUUAGACGACAACCGCAUCAACACCAUCCCCACCCACGCCUUCCGGGGCCUGGCCUCACUGAGACGCCUGGUCCUGGACGGGAAUCUCCUGGCCAACACCCGCAUCGCCGACGACACCUUCUCCCGCCUGGCCAACCUCACGGAGCUGUCGCUGGUCCGCAACGCCCUGCAGGCCCCGCCCAUCAACCUUCCCAGCACACACCUGAUGAGGCUGCACCUGCAGGACAACGGGCUGAUCCACAUGCCCCGGGGGACCCUGGACGGGAUGAGGAGGCUGCAGAGGCUGGACCUGUCAGGGAACAACCUGACCACUCUGCCCCGGGGGCUGCUGAGGGACACGGACGGCCUGGAGCUGUUGCUGCUCCGGGGGAACCCCUGGUACUGUGGCUGCAACCUGCUCUGGCUCCACGCCUGGCUGUAUGGCCGCGGGGCAGCGGUGACGGUACGGGGCCUGACCUGCCACGGGCCGGAGGUGGUUCGAGGCCAGGCCCUCAGGGACCUCUCUGGGCUCAUGGACCAGUGUGAAGGCCCACCAGGAGGGGUGAACACUGUCUCUAGUACUACCACCACCUCCCCCCCCAGCCAGGGCUCUAUGUUUACCCUCAGGGCCAUGCGGCCAGGCCUGGUGAUGCCGUUACCACCGGGAGGAGGAGAGGCGGGGGGGCACGCCUCACACGACGCUCUAGAACUCACGGUGAAGCCCCUGUCUGCGGACAGCGUGCAGGUGACGUGGCUGUGCCCACGGCCAGCGCCCUCCUUCAGGCUAUCGUGGCUGAGGCUGGGCAGCAGCGCCGCUCUGGGUUCCAUCACAGAGACGCUGGUCCCCGGGGAGAGACAGCAGUACCUACUGACCCAGCUCACGCCACGAUCACACUACCUCGUCUGCCUGCUCCCCCUGCGCUCCACCUCCUCCCACUCUGGAGGGUCACAGAGAGGACAGCAGCAGGAAAAGGACACAACAGACCAGACCCCUGUCUGCGCUCAGAUAGAGACGGGGGAGGCUCUGCGCCCCGAGGGGGGAGACGGGGGUGAGGACUCAGACACAGAGAUGGCAGCCCUCCCCCUGGCCGAGAUCAUCGGCGGAGCCACGGCCCUGGUCUCCCUCAUGCUCAUCUUCGGCAUCUUCUGCUGGUAUGGCCAGCGCGCCGGGUAUGUUUCCGGGGAAACAGACUCCUAUGGGGUCCGAGGACAGCGCGGGGUCGGAAUGGGGAAGCCAUACGAUGACUACGUGGAGUCGGGCACUAAGAAGGACACCUCCAUCCUGGAGAUCAGGAGCCCCGGCUUGGCCAUGACGCCCAUGACGACCCAUCAGCCACUGCAACCCAAAGGAGGGGAAGAUGUGACCUACGUGCACACCAUCUUCCCCUCAUCGCACGGUAACGGCACCUACCGGAGCAACCAGAGUCACAACGGCAUCAUCACCCAACUGGGUCACACAGCGGGCUACGGGACCAACCGGGGUUACCGGGAGCAAGGGAUGAUCCCGGAUAUAGACUACACCUACACGUGA